UCGGACCUGGCGCUCGUACAGCGCGGUCAGUUUGCCGCUGCCGGACUGCUGGAUGCAGCCGGAGUGCCGCCCGGAUACGAACCCGACCCAAUCAGCGCGGCUAGCCCCGCUAUGCAAAGAUCCGCUACGAUGGAUUCGAAGGCAACGAUCAACAAGGGGAACUUUCUCUCACAGCAGGAAGAUUUUCAUCCCUUUAUCGAAGCGCUACUGCCGUACGUGAAGUCGUUCAGCUACACCUGGUUUAAUCUGCAGGCGGCGAAGCGACGCUACCUCAAGAAGCACGAGAAAAAGAUGACCCACAACGAGGAGAACAAAUGCAAACGAGACUUUCAGAACGAAAAUCCGGAAACGAAGCAGAAAUGGGCCGCCCGGCUGCUGGGCAAGCUGCGCAAGGACAUCACCCACGACAGCCGGGAAAACUUUGUGCACUGCAUUUCGAAGAAGAAAACCUCCAUGUGCAUCCUGUCGAACCCGGACCAGAAGGGCAAGAUGCGGCGGAUAGAUUGUCUCCGCCAGGCGGAUAAGGUCUGGCGACUCGAUCUGGUGAUGGUGAUCCUGUUUAAGGCGAUACCGCUCGAAAGCACCGAUGGCGAGCGGUUGGAAAAGGCGUGCUUCUGCACCAGCCCGAGCCUCUGCAUCAAUCCGUACCACAUUCAAGUAUUAAUCAAGGAGCUCGACCUCUAUCUCGCCAACUUUAUCAAGUGUAAGUGUAGCGUCGAAAAUCAAAGUGAAAAAUCGCACAACAGCUCGCGCAAAUUUUCCAAAACCACCUCCAACAACAAGGUGUUCAGCUACGACUUUAUCGCACCGACCGGUGUCUUCACCUCGUCCGAGCUGUGGAGCAUUACGCAGGGUAGGUUUGUCUGUGCAAAGCGUUUUUCCAUACAUCACAGCUUACAUUCCUUAGCUACUUUAAUCAUUCGGACCGUAUUCGGUGACACUUGGUUGUUGAUAUUCUGUGUACACAAAGCUGAGCAUAGCGAAACCUUGCACUAUUGA